AUGAAUCCCACAGAGGCCCACGACGACGCUGGACUGGGCGAGUCCACCUACGAGCUCAUCAAUACGGAUGAUGAGAGCCAGGACGGCCGAGCCACCGAGGCUGAGUCUACGAGCUCCUUCGACUACACUCGGAUCGAUGAUGUCCAUAGCCUUGCUGGCACUGAGCAGACGGAAGACAUGACCAACCAGUCCGAUACCGACUCGGACUCGGAAGACGACGAGAAUGCUGCCCAAGACCGGUCUCGGGCGUCAUCUAUCCAAUACGCCGAGCAGAGCCUCCUCAACCCGUCGUCUCGUGUUGCUACACCCCCACUCGGCGUCGAGAGAUCUUUCGAAUCCUCGAGGCUGGCCACCCCCUUGGUCCACUCGAUCGAGUUUGACGAGACGCAAGGCCCGCUCCAGCUCAAGCAGGUAGCAGUCAAGCAUACCAUUCACAGCUUCACCGAGGAGAAGUCGGGCUCUAUCGCCAAGGCCCUCAGCUUCCCGGAUAAGAGCAAGCGUCUAUUUGCGGCGGUUCGCCAAACCAUGGCGUCCGAUUUUCUGGCUACCAGAGAGCCGCUUCGGAUUUUGUACACUGGCAGCCACGGCGCCAAACACGACAUCAUCUACAAGAUCUCUUCAGCCUUCACAGCUUCUGCUUCCGUGGAUGAGUGCGGUAUCACCGAAGACGACGGCAUCUACAACGUUGUGCCCAUAUCAUCCCGUGGCUCCGCAAAGGUUCCCGAGGUCGAGCUGAUGAAGACCUCACAGUACCAGAUCAAGGUUGAGAACUGCACUGCUGCCAGGGAAAUCGUCUAUGAAGGAGAUCGCUUCCCCAGCGAAACUGUCUACUCCAUCACCAUCGAUGGUGACCGAACUUUUCACUCGGCAUUUGCUCCUAGCGGCUCCAUCAUCGAGCCAGCUUGGACCUUGCCGCAUGUGGCCAUCUUUUACGUCACCGAGAACGACGACGAGACCGCCCAAAAGACGCGUGCCGCUGCUUGGCAGUUUAUGCAACGUCACGCUGUCCCUUGCAUCUUCAUCUCCAACGCCGAGACCUUCCACAAUCCUACCGUCAAUUGGAACAACAUGAUCAAUCAGCACGCGAUACAUCUCUGCGUGGAAUCUUCUGACCGCGCUUCGCCUUCUGUCAAAUUGCCCAUCGACUUGACGAGUUUUCUGAACAUUGACGCCCGUCAGAUGAACCGCAACCUGGCGUAUCUCACCGGCCUCUAUGACGCAGCAGGUGAGCCUGCAAAGUGCGGCAAAUCUGAUGGCUAUGUACGGGCGAUGAAGAUGAUGCGCAACAUUCGACAGCGCACCAUCGAUGCCACGGAAGACCUCGAUCUGUGGAAUAUCGGCCAGACCCUGAUGCUCAGUCUUGGUGUGAUUGCCGCGGCACUGCUCUGCAAUCACUUCAUGGCAGGCUCACCGGCCCCGGCGAUGUCGGCGGUGACCUCGACAACGCCUUUGGCCCAAGUGACGCCUGCAACCUCGGCAUCAGUCUCCACUUCGACCAUCACCAUUAACCUGACUUCCACCACGACGAUUCGCGUACCUCAGGCAAAGGCAUCUCCAGGAAACACGGCUGUGGCCCCCUUCGCAGAGUUGGCGGAUUUCCUUGCCGACAGGUUUCCGGAAUCUCAGAAGGGCUACGUCUGCUCGGCAGAGAAGUCUGGGCGCAAUGAGAUCCUCAUAAAGAUCCCAUCUGGCACAAAGACGUCCUGGCUUGCCAAAGACUCGAUCACCAUUGAUGUCCUCAAAGGCGAGAGAUCUAUUAAGACAAGGUUCUCCUCGAUCGACGAGGGCAUUGUUAUUGAGAUUCCCAAGUCGGAGGCGUAUGGUCUUCUUACCAUCGCUGUCAACACAACCCGGAAGCCCAAGGUCAACGAGACAUUUCUUGUCGACUUUGGCAAAACCACUCUUGAGCAAUGUCUCGGGUACGGCAAGCUGUUCGCUGACCGUGUCAUCGAUGCAGCAAGCAGCGCUGCGCGGCAGGCGGAGGAGGGAGGCGUGCAUCUUACUAGCUGGAAGGACUCGGUCUUGGCAGAUGUGAGAGAAAUGUCUGCCCGCUUCACCACUGAGGCUGCACACACAGCCAGCGUCGUCAAGGAAUCAUGUCAGAACUUGCAGAACCUCCGGGAAUCGCGCAAACUGCAAGACUUCAAAGAUCAAAUGGACAUCUUCGUUACCAAGGCCCAGAUCAGUUCCAGACUCUUGGUGCUGAAGGUGCUACAGAAGACGGAAGAGCACGGUACUUACCUGGACAAGGCGAAGAAGUACAUGGAGAAACUGCGGUUGCAGGCGUCCGAGGCCAGCAAGCGACGACUGGACAAGGAGAGGAAGGAGUUGCGAGCUCGUCGAAAGAGAGAACGUCUAGAGGCCAGGUGCCAAACUGGCACUGGCUUCUCUCGGUGGACACAGCAAUGCAGACAGCAAGGCUAG